GGUGCCGCUUUCCGAGAUGGGUUCCACCAACAACUGGCUGGGCUUCGCCUCGUUCUCCGGCGCCGCGGAUGACGCCGCAAUCCUGCCCCCGCUGCCGCCGUCGCCCCGUGGCGAUGGGGCCGGAGCGGAGCCGAAGCUGGAGGACUUCCUCGGCCUGCAGGAACCGGCCGCCACGGUGGCUGCCGGACGGCCGUUCGUGGGUACCGGCGGCGCGAGCUCCAUUGGGCUGUCCAUGAUCAAGAACUGGCUGCGAAGCCAGCCGGCGCCGGAGCCUGCUGUGGCGGCCGAUUCGAUGGCGCUGGCGGCGGUGGCGGUGGUGUCUCCGGAGGGGAGCGGCAAGGUGACCGACGACGGCGCUGAGAGCGGCGGAGGCGCCGUGGUGGUUGCGGCGCAGCAGAGGAAGGCGGCGGCGGUGGACACGUUCGGCCAGCGGACGUCCAUCUACCGCGGCGUCACAAAGCAUCGAUGGACAGGAAGAUAUGAAGCACAUCUUUGGGACAACAGCUGCAGAAGAGAAGGCCAGACUCGCAAAGGAAGACAAGUGUAUCUUGGUGGAUAUGAUAAAGAAGAGAAAGCGGCCAGAGCUUAUGAUCUAGCUGCUCUCAAGUACUGGGGCACUACAACAACUACAAAUUUUCAGAUCAGCAACUACGAAAAAGAGUUGGAAGAGAUGAAGCAUAUGUCACGGCAGGAAUAUGUUGCAUCCCUUAGAAGGAAAAGCAGCGGGUUUUCUCGUGGUGCAUCUAUUUACCGAGGGGUUACCAGGCACCAUCAGCAUGGAAGGUGGCAAGCAAGAAUAGGAAGAGUGGCAGGAAACAAGGAUCUGUAUUUGGGCACAUUCAGUACUCAGGAGGAAGCUGCAGAGGCUUACGACAUUGCUGCAAUCAAAUUCCGAGGCCUUAAUGCCGUCACAAACUUUGACAUGAGCCGGUACGACGUCAAGAGCAUCAUCGAGAGCAGCUCCCUGCCAGUAGGUGGCACCACAAAGCGUCUCAAGGAUGUGCCUGAUCAAUCUGACAUGGGCAGGAACGGCCACAGUGCAGACUCUGUUGGUCAUAUGACUGCUACCAACCUUCUUACUGAUGGCAUUGGCAGCUAUGGCCCUGAGAAUUAUGGUUAUAGUGGAUGGUCGCCCGCUGCCAUGACAUCAAUCCCCUUGCAAUUCAGCAAUGGCCAUGACCAGUCCAGGCUGUGGUGCAAGCCAGAGCAGGACAGUGCGGUUGUUGCAGCAGCACACAACCUGCACCACCUCCAGCACUUUCCGGCCCCAGGUGGCACCCACAAUUUUUUCCAGCCAUCGCCCAUUCAGGACAUGACAGGUGUUGCUGAUGUUUCAUCUCCAUCAGUGGACUCGAAUUCAUUCUCGUACAAUGGGAGCGUUGGUUACCAUGGUGCCAUGGGUGGCGGCUAUGCCAUGCCGGUUACAACACUAGUGGAGGGCAACCCUGCAGCCAGUGGCUAUGGAGUUGAGGAAGGCACGACUGACGUCUAUGAUUGUCGGAACAUUUAUUAUCUCUCCCAAGGCUCGCCAGGUGCCAAUACUGGAAAGCCAGAAGCUUAUGAUCAGCAAGGUGCCGGGUAUGAAAGUUGGGUACCGGCUGUGCCGGUGAUAUCGCAGAAGGCUGCCAAUGUGACUGUCUGCCAUGGCACACCUCUAUACUCGGUUUGGAAAUGAUGCUUAGACGAUGGAAAUCUAGCUUUAGGUCAUCAGGUAGUGAUAUUUUCAGCUUCUGGGAAGGAAAGAUUAAAUUUUAGGUAUACCAAUGUCAAGCUUUUGACUUCAAUUAGUUUUUUUAUGAAAAGAGUUUUGCUGCUUCUGUCACUAAUCAGCUCCUGUGGGAGUCUGGGAGCUAUGAGAAAUGUCGUUUUGUUCUUACCUGACUAAUGCUUAGUAAUGUUAACAUGCUGACUCUUUUGUAAUGGCAAGAGCUAUGGUAUUUCAAUGUA